CGCCUCAGCCGUCGCCGCGGGGACGCCGGCGCUUCUCCCCUGCCGGGGCGGUGGGGUCCGGCCGCGCCCCCCCACCCCGAGCCGUAGCGGCGGUGUCCGCGGACAGAGCGCCCCCCUCCCCGGGGAGGGGGGGGUGUAGCGCCGGGCUCCUCAGAGGAGGCCGGGUUCCGCGGCGCGGCCUCCGCGCCCUCCCCGUCCCGAUCGGCCCGGCCCCGCUCGCCGCCGGCUGGGCGUUGGGCUCCCGCGGCGCGAUGUCGGCGCGGCGGCGGCGGCGGACGGCCGCCGAGGAGGAGGAGGAGGAGGAAGAAGAAGAAGAAGAGGAGGAGGAGGAAGAGAAGGCGGCGGCGGGUAGCGACAAGGAAGUGGAUUUGGAAGAAAGACUUGGUGAGUUGGAUCUUAGAAGCGAUUCUGACAUUCCUGAUGUUCCUCCACCAACAGACAGCACUCCAGAAAUCCUCAAAAGGGCUUUGUCAGGCUUGUCUGCCAGAUGGAAAAAUUGGUGGAUUCGUGGAAUUCUCACUCUAGCUAUGAUUUCUGUGUUUUUUCUGAUCAUAUACCUGGGAUCAUUUAUGCUGAUGCUUCUGGUCUUAAGCAUCCAAGUGAAGUGUUACCAUGAAAUCAUUACUAUAGGUUACAGAGUGUACCACUCAUACGAUUUACCGUGGUUUAGAUCCCUCAGCUGGUACUUUUUGCUCUGUGUGAACUACUUCUUUUAUGGAGAGACUGUGGCUGAUUACUUCGCUACGUUUGUUCAGAGAAGAGAACAGCUUCAAUUCCUAAUUCGUUACCACAGGUUUAUAUCUUUUGCGCUCUAUUUAACAGGCUUCUGCAUGUUUGUUUUGAGUUUAGUGAAGAAACAUUAUCGUCUGCAGUUUUACAUGUUCGCAUGGACUCAUGUCACUUUGCUGAUCACUGUAACUCAAUCUCAUCUUGUCAUCCAAAAUCUCUUUGAAGGCAUGAUCUGGUUUCUGGUUCCAAUUUCAAGUGUUAUCUGCAAUGAUAUUACCGCUUACAUUUUUGGGUUCUUCUUUGGCAGGACUCCAUUAAUUAAGCUGUCUCCCAAGAAGACCUGGGAGGGGUUCAUUGGAGGCUUCUUUUCCACAGUUGUGUUUGGAUUUAUUUUUUCCUAUUUUUUGGCUCAACAUCAGUACUUUGUCUGCCCCGUGGAAUAUAACAGUGAAACCAACAGAUUUGUGACAGAGUGUGAACCUUCAGAGCUCUUUCAGAUGAAGAAGUACUCUCUGCCACCAUUGCUUCAGGCUGUGUUGGGAUGGGACACGGUGAAUAUGUACCCAUUUCAGAUGCACAGCAUUGCACUGUCAACAUUUGCCUCAUUAAUUGGGCCGUUUGGAGGAUUUUUUGCCAGUGGAUUUAAAAGAGCUUUCAAAAUCAAGGAUUUCGCAGACACAAUCCCUGGGCAUGGUGGGAUAAUGGAUCGCUUUGAUUGUCAGUACUUGAUGGCCACUUUUGUUCACGUCUAUAUCACCAGUUUCAUAAGGGGUCCAAAUCCCAGCAAAUUACUGAAACAGUUGUUGAUACUUCAGCCUGAGCAACAACUAAGCGUGUAUAAAACCCUGAAAUCUCACCUUGUUGAAAAGGGGAUCCUGCAGCCAUCUCUGAGAGGGUAGUUUGUCAAAGUGGAGGACUAGAAGAAACCUCCGUUUACAAGAAGCCUGUGGAAAAGCAUUGCAAACGUGCACGUUGAUAAUAGCUAAAGGAAGAGUAGUUUGUGGUCUGGAAGAGGUGAAUAUUUCUUUAAAUGGAUGUGAAUGCUAUGGCUCCCUAUUUGGACACAGAUCUCUUACUCCAAAAAUACUUCACAUACUCGCAAAGUAACAGGACACGUGCUGUAUGUUGUAGUUCCUGAAGUGGAUGGCAGCAGUGUUCCUUCAGCACCCAGCCUGACAGGCUUUGUAUUUAAUUUAAAAAAAAAAUAAUAAUAAAUUCACUGUUAGUUUUUUAAUGAGUUAUUUAAUAUUGUAUAAUUUAGCAAUACGGUUUUGGUCUCCAGCGGUUACUGAAGCAUAAACAGAUGAGGCAGGCGGUCACUUUUAUGUAGCCCAGUGCUGAAAUUACAAUUGUCCGGAAAAUACUCGUUACCCGGUCAAAGAGGUACUUACAGCCCGCUGGACCAGACUGCCUGUAUUUACUAAAUUGCUAUGAAGGCUAAACUUUGCUCUGUUUUUAAUUAAACAGCUUUGUUAUGAAACUAUCUCAUGCUUUCAAGGGAAAAGUACCUUUACUGAAGUAUAGCUGGGCUGUUUGGGCUGUGGAGCUGCUAUUUUUUUUGGUUAAUGUUAUGGAUUAUAAACAAGCAUCUACAUUCAAGAGUAGAGAUUAUCUGAGAAAAUGGGAUUCUCCGACCCAGUAAAGAGACCGGGGAGAAUCUGGAGUUUAAGCCGUUGGUUUCCACAGCCUAGUCAGUGUCUGAAGACAGUAAUUCAAGCCUUAUUCCUUGUGCCUCUUAACUACCGCGUAGAAUGGGGGUGUUUCCUUCUUUUUAAAAGCACUUUGAUGUCCCAAAUAAAAAGAGAAGUUUAAGCGCCGUUUUAUUAAUGUGUUACUCAGUGAAUGCAGAAACUUUUGUCUCAUGAAUGUGCACAGUGCAAGACAGGUGUGUGGUUCUUCUGCUGUGUGUUAUUUAUUAAGAAGAUCCUCAAGCAAGCGUGGGUAGCUGCAGGGGUGUUUGAAGGGAGCAUUUUUAUAGAAAGCAGCUAUUCUGUAGACUUCAUGGAGCAUAUGAGGAAAGCUGAUGCCCUGUAAUUCUCAGUCCUAGCUGUUUUCUAACUUUUUUUCAUUACGUGACAUGUCUCGAUGCAAAUAAAAAUAUAAACUUUUUUUGAAAUGACAAAAAUGACUCCUGUAGAAAAAAGAAAGCACAAAUGCCAAUUUUGUUUUGGUGUACUGUAACUUGAUACAACUGAAUUUUUCCAACUUAAUGUAAAUAAGUUUCUCCUGCAGUGAACGUACCGAUGCCACAUAUAUGUGUGUGUAUGUACAUAGAGAGAAAAUAUUAAAAGGCAUAUGUAUAUAAAAGGUGAAAAUUUUAAAUGGUUGGUGCUACCUGAGGAUAAAACCAUGGGGAAAAUCACUAGGGUGGGUGACAAGCUGUCUCUGUAAAAUCCAGACUGUGUUUUGUUGAACGCCAUCCGGCUGAGAGCACCGUGCGCUCUGUUUUGCACUUAAGCCGUGGUAGCAUGUGUACAGUGUGUGUGUGAAAAAACACCCCUGUGCAUGGCUAUGAAACGAAAUCCGGGUCUAAAGUAAUUCCCGUUGAUGUCAGGUCUUUGACAGAAUUAAACUGUGUCUGACCUGGAGAUUGCAGUACUCUGUUGAAGGAACCCUCCAAGAGGUGGAAAAUGUUGACAGCUGCUCAUCCGUCAGUGGCCACGCAACUUGGCUUAUUAAUUGGAGGGGACAGAAAUUCAUCCCUUCCGCCGGAAAAGCAGCAUAGCCUGAGGUCACAGUGGGACACAUGGGAAGGUGCUUUAAAAAGAAGGGAAGGGAAAAUGAGAGGGUGACCAAAGUAGCGUACCUGGAAGACUAACUUUUAGAUGAGGCUUUGGUUACGUGUGGGACUUUGUUAAAUGCUUAUGAAAAAAACACAGCCGUACCAGAGCUGGUAUAUCUUUAUCCUGGGUAUUUAAAGAAGAAAAUUAAAAAUUUAAAAGUUUAUAUAGAGGGAAUAUAUAUAUAUAUAUAGAAAGGUAAUUGUUACUUCAGAAACUUGAACUUUUUAGUGUAAUUUUAUAGCAUGUAUAAUAAGGAAGUUAAAAUAUAUUUUAGCAUUUAAUACAACAGAGCAUUUGAAACUAAUUGCUAACUAUUUGCACAAUAGACGGCUCAACCCUGAGAUUCUGCUGUUCAAUGUUAAAAUGAAGAAGGGAUCACUUGUGAACUCACUCAUCAAUUUUUCUGGAUAGAGUAAUGGCUUAGGCUUGGUGUAAAUAAAGCUCAGCAGGACCUGUCACUGUGAAGUGACAACUACGCUUGCUUUCUAUGAAGUGCAUUUCCCCCACUUGUGACUUCUGUUAGUUCAAGCGUUGCAACAUGACCAACAGGAAAGUUUAUCUUUUUACAGCAGUGAUUCUUUUCACUUGCACUUUUGUUCCAAGUUGCUAUAAUUGCCCCUUGAGCAAAAGAAAUGUAUAUUAUGUAAAUAUUGUAAAUGGUAUAAGCAUAUAAUGUUGUCCUGGUCUGUUUUGGUUUGACUGUUUCUAUCUUUCAUUGAAGCAGACAUUGUGGAAAAAAAAAAUAAAUAAAAAUAA